AUGGCAAGGUAUGUUGGUGAAACGGGCAAACGCCUCUGCACAAGAUUGCACAAGCACCAGCUUGCAGUCAACCGCGAGGAUAAGCUGUCACUGGUAUAUGGCCACAUACAACAGGAGAAGCACAGUUUCGCCUUUGGGGAGGCAAGCGUCAUCGGCCGAGCCAGCGACAAGAUGGCCAGACUGGUUCUCGAAAGUUGGUCCUCAGUUGACACAAUCAACAGAGCCAUUGAUCUUCAUCCGACCUACCAGGCGCUUCUUACGAGGCUCCAGUCAGUUCGGACGGGGCCGACAACACGGGCGAACAAAUCGCGGCCCUCUCAACAGUUGUCACCUUUCCAGCAGAGGGAGAGAGCCAGCCGGAUGUCAGACGACCGACGCGAGACAUCGACCCACCGACGCGCCCAAACAGCCGACCACGAUUCCCACAUGCAACAGCAGCCGAUCGGCCCGUCAAAUUAUGGGGAGGGGGCCCAAGGGCACACGGACCUAGCAGCGACAACAGCGGCCGGGCAGGGGGCAGAGGUCACACCAGCGCCCCAGCGGACGGCCACGGAGAGACCUAAGCCAAUCGCCCGCCAGCAAGCAAGUCAGAGUUCGUGUAUCAGGCAUGCCUAUAACACGAGACAGGCGGCGAGACAGAACAACUCUGAGCUAGCAGGAACAAACACACUAUCACUACUCUGA